GCUUGGCAGGCCCGCCCUGAGCCUGGGGACAGCUGCGAGAUCCGGGUCUCCCAGGAGGGCCAGGAGAUGCUGCUGACUUCUGCCUCCUUCCUCCCCUCAGCCUCCAUCCUCAGCUGCUGGAUCCAGCCAACGUCUGCUCAAGGUUUCACUGUUGUACCAGAUCCGGCCUAUGGGACAGAAGGUGGCAGCGUCACCCUGAAUAUCCAGGGGUACCCAGGGAGUACUUUGUCCUAUACUUGGUACUAUAAGUCAUCAGCUGAGGAUCCCACCCAGGUUGAGAUCGCCUACUACCAAGCUAGUACCGGAGAGCAGACACCAAACGAUAUCCGACAGAGAGUGCUCUCUAAUGGCUCCCUGUUCAUCCCAGACCUCAUCCUCAAUGACGCUAAAUACUACAUUGUACAGAUCGCGGAUUCCCUUGGAAAAGAAUUUCAAGGAGUCCAGCUGACUGUGUAUGAGAAACUGGCCAAACCCAAGAUUGCUGUCAAUAACACCAACAUCAUAGAGAAUGAAUCUUUAAUCUUUACAUGUGUCACAGAAAAUGUGGGGGCAAACAUUCGGUGGUUCUUCAAUGACCAGCCUCUGUCACUUGAUGAGAGGAUGAACACAUUGGAGAAUAAUCAGAUUCUCAUCAUUAAGGGUGUGAAGAGGGAAGAUGCUGGGUCCUAUCAAUGUGAAGCCUGGAAUCCAGCCAUUGCCAAUAGAAGUGAUGCCUUCACGCUGACUGUGAACUAUGGACCAGAGAAUAUUAGGAUUCCUCAGAGUCCUGAAAGUGGGGAUAUUGAGGUCCAAUUCAAUGACUCCCUGACUUUAGAGUGUCUGGCUCUGUCUUAUCCCCCUGCCCAGUAUGAAUGGCAUGUCAAUGAGAGUUCUAGUCCUGUACAUUCAGGAAGCACUUAUACCCUCAUGCCUGCAUCUUUGGAACAUUCAGGAAAGUAUACAUGUUGGGCAAAGAACAGGGUGACCAAGUUAUCAGUGUCUAAGGACAUCACCAUCAAGGUGGCUGCAUCUAAGUCUCCAGGAGGAAGCAAUGGUGCCACAGUCUCUGGUGGAGCUAUCACCGGCAUUGUGAUUGGAGUUCUAGCUGGAGUGGCUCUUCUUGGGGCUCUCAUCUAUGUCCUCAUCACCAAAAAUACUGGAGGGGACAAAAAAGACCACCCUCAAGAGAGACAGUCAGCACCAAGACGUGGUAAGUGA